CAAAGGUAUUUUUAUGAGCUGGGCAGAUGGCUGAACUAGAUGCAAGGAGAACUGAAAUCUUGGCUAAUGCAGCAAGACGAAUACAAAGACAAAUCCGCACAUAUCUAACCAGAAAGGAAUUUAUUUCCCUAAAAAGAGCUACAAUAAAUAUGCAGAAAUAUUGGAGAGCCCAACUUGCACGAAAGCAGUAUGAACAAAUGAGAAGGGAAGCUGCUUCAAUUCGCAUACAGAAACACCAGCGUACCCAUAUGGCAAGAAAAUUCUACACAAAACUACGGGCAUCUGCAAUUGUUAUCCAGACUGGAUUACGAGCAAUGGCAGCUAGAAACGAUUUCAGGCAUAGGAGAAGAACCAAGGCUGCAACUUUGGUUCAGACAAGGUGGAGAAGACACCAUGCUCUUUCUACUUAUAAACAUCAAAAGAAGGCCACUCUUGCACUUCAAUGUCUUUGGAGAUCAAAGGUUGCGAGGAAGGAACUUAGAAAGCUCAAAAUGGCUGCAAGAGAAACAGGUGCACUCAAGGAAGCUAAGGACAAGUUGGAGAAGCGUGUUGAAGAGCUUUCAUGGAGGCUAGAAUUUGAAAAGCAUUUGAGGAUUGAUCUUGAAGAAGUUGAGGGGCAAGAAAUUGAAAGUUGA